UGCAAGACAGGCAGCGAUGCAACUAACGGGGAGGAAUCGGAUCAACUCAAUUCCUUCGGUCCACAGCGGACCUUUCGCUGCCUCUCUUUGUUCCGCUCCUUCACAACAAUAAUAUCAAUGUCUUUCCACCCUCAUAAUUAGCCAGAUAUUUGUGUGCGUUUUGUGCUCCUGGAACAGAUGAGAGCUGCGCACGUUUAUAGCCUGUAAACUGUUGGUGCAGUGGUGGAAAUCCAAAAAUUGUGCCACUGAGGUUUCUAAUCCAUCUUGCUCUCAUUCUUUCCAUCCAUGCUGCCAUGCAGUUUUAUAUAAGUGCGUUUCCGGCUUCCUGCGACCUUCAGCGGUUCUGACUGCACUUCCACUCCGGGGGUUGGUGAGGGGGGGAGAAUCGGGAGCUAUGCGGCUACAGCCCAGCCCCAGAAAGGCCUGGUGAACCAUGAUGAAGACAGAACCGCGGUCCACGGCAAGCGCUGGCACCGGCUCCACCAUCAGGAGCCCGUCGCCUCACAGAAAUGCGUACGAGUCGGGGAUUCAGGCACUGAAGCCUGCGAAAGAUGUCCUGAAUGGGGAGGAUGGCAGGGAAGGUAGAACGAGGACCACAUCCCGGGGCCGCACGUAUGGAUCCAACGUCCACCGCAUCAAGAACAUGUUCAUGCAGAUGGGCUCGGCCCCGGGGCAGGAAGAGGAGCCGGCGAAGGCUAAAGACCGCACCGCGCGCCGUCUGCCCCUUCCUAGGGCGAGCAGCCUGAACGAGAACGUAGACCACAGUGCCCUGCUCAAGCUGGGGGCAGCAAGCUGCAAGGCAGACAGUGAGCCUCAACAAGGCUCCUCUGGCCCCUCAAAGUUGCAAGAAACGCGCAAGAUCUUCGAGCAGCGGGACACUCAGGAAAAGCAAGAAGCAUCGAACCGCGUACUGCUGAAGAAGGAGCGGAUAUCGGGGUUUCAGGAGGGUCGUCUCGAUGUAGUGGCGCGUUUCAACGGCAGCACCGAGUCCUUGGACGGGCUGGACAAAGGAGAGGCGGUGUCGCCCACCGUCAGCCAGCUGAGCGCCGUCUUUGAGAAGGGAGAGCUUCGAAACAACCUGCGCUGCGAUGGAGCUUCAUCCGGUUGCGCUGGACAAUUGCCAGGGAAAAUAGGAGUGCUCAACUCCAAAAUCAUCACCAGGAGGGCACAUCCGCUCGUUUCUGGCAACCAGAACGAAGGUGAAAACCUGAAGCAACACGAAGGGUCAGCAGAGGGCUCUCAGUACAAGAUGGGGCUCCACGAUAAAGAUCCUUCAUGCUCUCCUUGUGUGGCACCAGGGCAGGGGCCUCUGAGCCAAGAAGGCGUGCACAAGAACAAACUAGAGCAGCCGCAGGAAGACAAAGAAGGGGGAGCUCAUGGACCUUAUGCUGAGCAUCAAGUUGUCUGUGACCCCAAACCUGAGUCCACAAGCAGACUUGUGAAGGCAGAGGUCCACUCGUACAAAGAGAAUGGGGACUCCACACAGUCUGUGGAUCCCCAAGCGAGAAUCUUCUCUCUCUCCGAGAACGCUGUUGACCAGCAAUUCAGGAAUGAAGGAGAGAAGGGUGAAGGGGAUGAACUAGAGAGCUCUCUGCAAGGGCAGGAGCAGACAGUGGAGGGUCAAAAGGAGGAUUUCUCCGAAGCAGAACUGGUGGAUGUCAGUGCCUUCAGCGUCGUCGUGGAUGAUUCUGGAAGUGGCCAACAAGAAGAUGCUGAGGAGGAGGAGGAGGAGGAGGAGGAAGAAGAUGAGACCUACGAGCUGGAGUCUAGCUGUUCUGAGAUCCCUGGGCUGCCUGCAGAAGAGGAGCCACCACCCAACAGGAAGAUCCGCUUCAGCGCUGGCCCAAUCAAAGUGUUCGCUACCUACUGUAACGAGGAUUACGACCGGCAUAACGAUGAAGUGGACCCUAUGGCAGCUUCAGCAGAGUACGAGCUGGAGAAAAGGGUGGAGAAGUUGGACCUGUUCCCUGUGGAGCUGGAGAAAGAUGGAGACGGCCUGGGCAUCAGCAUCAUUGGAAUGGGCGCCGGGGCAGAUAUGGGCCUGGAGAAGCUGGGCAUUUUUGUUAAAACUGUCUCCAACGGUGGGGCUGCACACCGCGAUGGCAGAAUCCAGGUCAACGAUCUGAUAGUGGAGGUGGAUGGCACCAGCCUGGUUGGAGUGACCCAGAGUUUUGCGGCCUCUGUCCUAAGGAACACCGCUGGACGCGUCAGGUUCCUCAUCGGGCGAGAGAAGCCGGGCGAGGAGAGCGAGGUGGCCCAGCUGAUCCAGCAGACCUUGGAGCAGGAGCGCUGGCAGCGCGAGAUGAUUGAGCAGCAGUACAGUCAGUACAUGGAGGAUGAGGACGGGGCUGGAGAGUACGGCUCCGAUGAUGAGGAAGAAAUGAGCCCCAUGUUUCCCGGCUCCAUCGAGGUGUUCGAGCUGGCUGAGAACGAUGACAUGCUCUCCCCCGUCGAGAUGGAUCCCGAGAAGCUCGUCCGCAAAUUCAAGGAGCUUCAAAUAAAGCACGCCGUCACAGAGGCUGAGAUCCAGCAGCUGAAGAAAAAGCUCGUGCGUGCGGAGCAGGAGAAGCUGCGGUGGCACGCGGAAAAGGUGCAGCUGGAGCGCAACCUGCAGGAGAGCAAGGAGCACGCCAAGAAGCUGGAGAGCUACUGGAUGGAGGCGCAGAGCCUGUGCCAGACCGCAGAGGAGCACCUCAAGGAGUCGCAGGUGCAGUACCAGGUCCUGGAACGGAAGUACACCAAGGCGAAGCGUCUCAUCAAGGAGUACCAGCAGAAAGAGAUCGAGUUCCUGAAGAAGGAGACGGCGCAGGGCCGCGCCCAAGAUGCACCGGGGUCACCCCAUAAGGAGGAGUCGGAGAACCCGCGGGACCAGGCGGAGGAGGAAGCCCAGGUGACAUUCGGAGGCGGAGGUGGGGUUGGGCACGCAGAGUACACCUGUCCCACCAUGUCUUCUCCGCAGCCUGAGGAAAUGGAGAACAUUUUAGACCUGAAUGAGGCCAUUCCUGAGACAGAACUGCUAGACAACAGCAUCCAGAAGGGACGGACCCAGCUGUCAAUCAAGUCGAGGAGGAACCGCCCCUCGCGGUCACGGCUACGCGACAGCUUCAGCUCCACGGAGGGCGACGAGAGCCUGGAGAGAAGGUCGCUGAACGUCAGCUCGGCGCUCUGCGGGUCCUCACCCUCCCCAGACGCGCCGAUAUCUUCAUCGCCUGGCCAGAAGAGCCCCACCUUUGGCUUCGACGCCCACCUGCUCCGACAUUCUGCGGAGGAGGAAACCACAGCCACGCCUGCGCCCUCCGCCCGGUACCAACAGCUCACCAACGCCUCAUCGCAGGAGGCCCUGGGCUCCGUGCGCCACAGCUUGCCCUCCAAGAUCUGCCUGAGCUCUGACAGCUCGCCCAUCUACAUUCGCCGGCCGCGUCGGCCCGACAGCGAAGAGAACAUGCUGGUGCUGAAGCGUAAGGCCACCAACACGUGUGCAAUGCGGAUGCCAGUAUUAGUUUCAGAUGACAGCCACGACAGUGACCGACCCGAGCCCGGGAGCUCCACGGUCAUCAUGGAUAAGAAGACGAAGCGGAGAUUUCUGGACUUGGGGGUCACACUGCGGCGAUCCUCUGGAAAGGUCAGAAAGGAGAAGUCCAACAGACUCUCCAUGGGGAACCAGGAGCUUUCAGAGGGUCUGUCCUGGUGGUCUGGGUCCCUUUUUGUGCCUUUCUCCUGGUUUACUGACAAGGGCAAGGCCUCUGCCUCCCUCUCCCAAAGAACAAUGCCACAGAACUGCAGCCUUCAGUCCAGCUGCCAGGACUCGAUCCUCAGCGAUAAGUUCUGCCCGCGAAGCCCACGCGCAUCAAGCAGGUCUGAAUCAGAAUCAAAGUCAUCGCAACCGUAUCAGACGCUGUCCCAGUCUCCAGAUGAACUCAUUGACGAACCGCUCCAUCUGGUCUCAGCAUGGAGCACACAACAAGUAUGUGAGUGGCUGAAAGGGUUAAACAUGGAGCAAUACGUCCCAGAAUUCACCGCCCGGGAAGUUGAUGGGGAACAGCUGCUGCAGAUGGAUAGCGCCAAACUUAAGGGCCUCGGGGUGAAUAGCUCGACGGACCGCAACGCGCUGAAGCGCCGACUUAAAGACAUGCACGCCGCAGCCGAGAAGGAGCGCAAGGCGCUGGACAAGAUGGACAAGCUGAAAAGGCAGCUGAAGAGAGAGCAGGAGCCACAGAACAGCUAGAGCCACAGUCCGCCAGAUGGUCAAUCUUUGAGAGGUGCAAAAUUCAAGUGAAGACAGAGUGAUCAAGAGACCAGUCAGAAGUAAUUGCAGUCCCCCCCAAAACACACACCUCAAUAAUACUGUGAAAUACUGUGUCCAUUCCAAACAGAACAUUUAACACACUUUUUGCAUAAAAGGUCAACGGCUCCUAAUUCUUUCAAUUUUAGAACUUUACAAAGUUAUUGUUCCAAAGCGCAAAAACAUUUCUCUUAAUACAUUAUAUUGCUCUUUAUUGAACAAAUAGAUAGUAGGUAGCCAGUAGUGUAAGAAAGGCCAGUGUAAAUCCAUGAGUGCCGUUUCAAACUACUUAUUGGCCUUGUUUUUGCUGUGAUACAUGUUUUGCAGUUUUUGAUAUUUUCUGUACAGUUGGCAUGGUUACCGCAAUGGGUGCAGGAUGUUAGUCUGACGGAAAAGAAACCUAUUUAGUAUAAACAAUUUCUCUGUACUGUCUAUGAUCUUGAAAAACAGCUGCCAUUUCUUCCUCCUUACGGGUCUGCAUGAUGGAUAGCACCACUUUGUAGGCGCAGAAAAUAAACAUAGCAAUCUUUCAGCAUUUCCUCCAUCUCAGUAUACAUGACAUUUAUGGGAAUCGAAUUUUUUAGCCUAUCAUAAAGGACAAUUUUGCAUACUGGAUAGUAUUCUAAGAGGGGUUACAUUUAUUUUGAUGCAAAAUGCUACCGUGAGCAUUAAUACUUAAUUCCUUUUGAACAAGCAUCAUACUUAACAGACAAAAAAAAACCCACACAGAGAAGGGCCUCUCAUUGCAGCAAUUAUUCUUUUUGUGGAAAGGAAGGGGAGAGGGAGACUGACUAUGAGCUGUCUUUCUUGCGCAGUGGUUCAGUGAGAACCAGAAUUGUACUGCAAAGCCAUAGUGUCUUUAAAUUGUGAUGCAUCAUCCAUGUUGAGUGAGAAAAUGGAAACCCAAGAGACAUAGCAUUUCAGCUUGUGCUGCUUUCUAAGUCAUACUUACACUCGGAGAAGCAGUGCUUCACUGGUUUCAUUAGUGUACCUACAGAGUCCUAGGGCAAUUCAGACCAACUGCUGUGUAAUAUAAUUUGUACUCGAGUUGGUUGCUCAUUAAACAUGCUC